AUGAAGUUACCGGCGGUAAAAACUUUGAAUCAUGCAUUUUUGCCAACGGGUUGCAUCAAUUUUAUAUUCGGAAUCGGUGUAUUUGAGUAUCCUUCGGGCAAACCGCGACCCAUAUUAUCAGCCAUUGUGGGGAUGAUAAAUAUAAUUUUUUUUCUGUGUUUUAUCGAGCUAGCUAACAUACCAGGAUUAAAGGUGCUCAUGGGGUCGAAAAUUGCAGCCCAAAACUGCCGAAUGUUCUUGUAUUUUCAGAUUGGCUUCAUGAUAAUUGUCAUGUCUCUAUCACAGUCUGGGGCCAAGCGUACCCGAAACAGCCUUCGCAAGCUCGAGGAUACGAAUAACAGACUUCUCAUGUUCGGAAUCUCUGGUGACUACGAAUUAACUUUAAAGGAUCAACUGAUUCAGAGCAGCAUCGCCUUAAUUUUUCUCGUUUCCAUUAUAAUUUUGGACUUACGUUACACUGCGAAUGACGUACGCAACAAGUUUGAACGCAACAAUCUCCUGAUAUGUGCGCACCAUUUGUUGAUUUUCGAUUACGUCAUUGACUCUAGCUACAUAAGCGGCAUUAGAUAUUUUCACAACAGAUUUCAACGCCUGAAUUCCCACCUAGAAGAAUCAGAUUUGCAGAAAAAUUUAAAUAUACAGCAUCAUGUGAAGUUGGAAAAUCGAUCUCCACGCUAUGACUCGAUAUUAAAUGAAAUGUAUGGAGACUUGCGGAGCUACAAACUUGCAGACAAGAAAUGGCUGCUACACCUUGUAAGAGAGAUGAGAAAAAUACAUCGAGAUCUUUGCAACAUGGCGAGAGAAUUGCACAAGGGUUCCGAAAUCCUGAUUCUCAUUUCAGUAACAUUAUCAUUUUGCAUAACGAUCGGACUUCUCUACGUAUCUUACUGCGUUGUCAUAACUUCAGUUACAUUCUACGACGUGAUGGGUAGCGUAACUUGUUUUUUGUGGGCCGCAUUUUUCAGCUUCAAAAUUUUUCUUAUUGUUGAUGCCUGCUCAAAAACGAGCAGCGAGGCUGUGCGGACUGGGGAAUUGAUUCAGGAAUUACUAGACCCAACGGAAAUCCAUAAUGGAAAUAUACGGGAUGAGAUCAACAUCUUUACUCUUCAGCUGCUGCAAAAUCCUCUUUCUUUUACAGCGAAUGGAUUUUUCACACUGGAUUAUCAGAUGAUUCGUAGUAUAAUUGCGUCAGUGACAACUUUCCUUGUCAUUCUAAUUCAAAUGGGAAGUAUAUACGAUCGCAAGACGCUCAACGUUUCUGACGUACAACAAAAGUAAUUAGGGUUGAGAAAACGGCUUAAUUGCGUGAUCAGAUAAGUAAAGUAGUUCGCCACAAGGU